AUGACUCCCAAUCUACCGAAAGAGGUCAUGUGUAACAUGGACAAGAUCAAAAUACCCCUACCACCUGCGUUGCCAAACGGCCUUCUGAUCAGAGACCAUGGAGCAGCGCCAUCUAGGAAUUCCAAAACGCGCGUAUCCAGAAACGGGAGCAGAGCCAGUCAAAAUUCGCACGGUUUCCGUCUCAUCAACCAACCCCACCCAACCAAUGACGACACAAGCAGCGUCCACUCAAUCUACAAGCAAAAAAUCGACGCCAUGUUCGAAUCCGACUCCAACACCACCACGACCACCAAGAACAUCGUCCAAGCUAACAUCGAAAAAAUGUUCAACGACGUCGCCCAAGACAACGGCUUCCCAUUGGACGAUAUUGGUGUCCACUCCUUCUCAGUCGACUAUUUAGGCUCGGUGCCUCUUCAAGAGAAAGUGACGAGUUUGACGGGGCUACAAGGUCCCCUGAGGCACCUGUAUUUCGGCUACAAGAAGGCCAUGAGACAAAAGAAGACGCUGACAGGGAGGCUGGAGAUUUCUAGCGGUGGACUGAAGGUUCAGUACCAAGGACAAAAAGGUGACUUGGAACAGCUGAAUUCUUUUCCGACCAUAGCAGUAUGGAGUGCGGUGAAAUUCGUAAUAAACGGCAGUCCGAAAUUCACUUACGCUUUCCUACCUCUGAUCACUGAUCCCGAUAACAUGGACAAACAAACGCUUUUUCGCACCUUGGACGAGAACGAAAAAAAAUUCAUCACCACCGAAGCACAUUCUCCCCUGUUUGCUGUCGUAAUGAGAAAAAUUGGAGUACACAAGCAGUUAGAAUGUCAUGGGUUCGUCUGUCAAACGUCCGAAGAUGCCAUAGUGAUAGCAGCAACGUUAUAUAAAUCUUUGGUAGCGCAUAUGAAAGCUAAGGAAAGGAGGCCGAAAAACAGAAAUGGAGUCACCACUUGCAUGUCUGUAGCAUCCAGUCUCAAUAAAGAAUAUAAAAGUGGUUCAAUACCAGUCAGACCACCAAGGAAGAAGAGGAGUUCCACCACUUCAUCUGUAAUCAGUGCAAAUGAUGCCAUAAGCAUAUCAGACACCAAGCCUCUCUUGGACCCUUACAACAAACCACCAAAGAAAAGUUCUAAAGCUAGACGAGCUCCGGAAGCUCCGGAACCUAAAUGUGAAGACUUGAACGCCAUUUUGCCAUACGAGGAACCUAUUGAUUUUUCGCAUAUUCGAUCCACAACCGAUGAUCAAAACCAGCCUCAAAAUACUAUAGCACAAGAAGAAGUCAAGGAAAUCAAACCUAAAACAUUCACAGACAAAUUAAACAACUGCAUGAGUAAGGAACAAAAACAACUGACAGCCGAAAUCAAACAAAUGAUGAGCGACGGUGGCACUAAAUGCUUGAAAAAAGUCCAAAGCGUACGGAAGAAAGAUGAAACAUUGAGGAAGAAAGAAAAAUCCGGUGAUAUAUUGACGAAAGUAACUAUUCCGAGGUCCGGAAGCUUUUUGAACGCUGGAGGACUCACCAAAUACAAGAACAAAGCAUCAAGACUCAACGAACAAGGCAAUGGAGGUUCACCUCUGGGCUUCAAGGAAAUCUUCAACGAACUAUCUCUUCAAGAAGGUCUACAUUCCUUAGACGACAUACUAAGCGUCAUAAUAGACCCAGACGGUAUGUCCUUUAACGAUCUCAAACCGAUCUACAAAGAGUUCUUGCUCAAACUCUCGAUGACAUUGACCAAGGACGAACUCUACCAGAAGACGAAAACCAUAAUGAGGCGACAAAAGAAGAAACUCGUCAGAAGAUCUCCUCGCCACAAGCACAAGUUUCUAGUAGGCGGGAAGUUCAAAAGAUUGAAGCACAUCUUCCAGAAAAACCUCAAGAUGCGUUUCAACCACAAGCUGAAACAGGCUUCAGCGAAAGCUGAUAGUGAAACACCUCCUCAGACUGAUUCGAAGCCUCCAGAAAGCUCGAUAAGCACCUCGUCAUACGAUACCAGGCAAUUUAGACCUAAAGACCAAAACGCCAUCAAGAAACAGGGCUACAGAAAGAAGAACGGUGUCGGAAGAGACAGAACUAGUACCAGCGAGGAAAGCGACUUCUUUUCCUUGAAGAAACCAAAAGCAAGACUUAAUAACCAACAGAACUUCCAGAACCACAAUAAGAACUCAUCCUCUGGCUACGUGUCCUGUUCAGAAUGCUCCUACGACUCAGACACUUGCACGUGUACCUCUGCAGACAAGUGCUAUUGCUCAUUGGGCCAAAAACACUACUCCAGGCACAAAUCGUGCCGAAAUACGUUGUGCAGGCAUGAAGAUCUUUGUCCUUCACUUCUUGACAGCUCAGUGACUUACUGCGAGUGCGAUACAGACUCUUGCGCAGAAAGCAACAAGUGUUAUUGUCCCACAUUCGAUAAGCCACUAACGAUCACGGAACAGUUGCAACAGAGAGGCUUCACCGCAGAUGUUGACCAUCACAGGCACAAGAAACUUUGCAAAAAGAGCUCGAACAGCAAGAGCACCAAAAGCAUGGAGUAUAUCCUGAACCCGCAAGAAAGCUACUACGACAAGCUAUCCAGGAAUAGAUUCGGUACUCAGAACUCUAUGCCCUUGAUCGGUAGAGACUCUGAUCGACCUUACUUUGGAAAUGGGAGCAUAAAAGGGUUCCAUAACUUCCAUGGGAGAACAGCCUUCUCCAAAGCGUUUUGCGAGAACAGUUUUGGGCAGUGCAGGCCAGUUUCUGUGAAAUCCUAUGGGAUAUCCAGGACUCAAAAUCAAUCAAAGAUGCAGUCCACCAUAUCCUCUGGUGCCUGUACGGAAGCCCUAUCGGUGAAAAAGUCUGCUGAGAUAGCAGCUCUCUUCACCGACAUCAAACUCAGCCAAACCACUGACAUAGCCCAGCUAUCUACGUUCAUAUCUUCCAGAAACUCUCACAACAAACUGAGCACUCGGUCUAGGUACACUGACCCACCUAGAGCACCUUCAAACAACCUGGAUUACAGCCACCAUCAGAAGAAUGUGUGUCCCAACAAGAACGGGCUUCAGAACCAAUUCAGAAGUGGGACGAAUCAAAUCAGAAGUGGGACGAAUUCCGUCAGGAGUGCUUCUAGUGCGCAAAAUCAAAAGACGAACAUGUAUAGCACCAAAAAUGGUUUGUACACUAUCCAGAGCCAGUCGGAUGAGUCCAGGAGGUCGUCUACCACAGACGAUAGGAAGUUUGAGGGUAGUCACAAGGACUAUUUCAAUUUGCCGCCUCAUUUAGAAAUGGACGAUAAGCGGGCUAAGCUCGUUAGUUGUAAUAUAGAAAACUCACUAGGAUAUUUGCCGUGAUGAAAAAUUGUUAGGGGUGUAUAUAGGGUGUCAGUUCUUUGGGUUCACCACAUCCUCUAGUGCCUGUACGGAAGCCCUAUCGGUGAAGAAGCCUGUUGAAAUAGCAGCUCUCUUCACCGACAUCAAGCUCAGCCAAACCACCGUCGAAACCCAGCUAUCUACGUUGAUCUCUUCCAGAAACUCUCACAACGAACUGAGCACUCGGUCUAGGUACAACGACCCACCUAGAGCACCUUCCAAACAACCUGGAUCACCAUCCGAAAAUAUGUGUCCCAGUAAGAACGGCCUUCAGAACCAAAUCAGGAGUGGGACGAUUCAAAUCAGAAGUGGGGCGAAUUCCGUCAGGAGUGCUUCUAGUGCGUAAAAUCAGAAGACAAACAUGUAUUGCGUCAAAAAUGGUUUGUACACUAUCCAGAGCCAGUCGGAUAAGUCCAGGAGGUCAUCUACCACAAAGGGUAAUAAGUGUGAGGGCAGCAACAAGGACUUUUCAAUUUGCCGCCUCAUUUGGAGAUAUAUAUAGAGAACUAGUUGGGAUAUUUGCCGUGAUAAAAACAUUAGAUAUAGGGUGUCAGUUUUUUGGGUCAAAGUUGCGGAUUUUCAUCCCGAAAAUGCGUUGCUGAUAAAAUGUUGCGAUAGACAAUACUCAAUGGUGAUUUGUAAAUAGUUUUUGUCUAGUUGCAAUUGGUAACAAGUGUUCUAUAAUUAUUACUAUUUCGAGUGCAAUAUAAUACAGAGUGUUGUGAAAUGCGAGCAACAACGCUUCAGAGAUGAAAACCUUCGUAAUUUGAUAAAAAAUUAGCCAGGAAGAUAGGUCUUCUAGUGGUUAGUUUUUGAUAUACAGAGUAAUGAAGUUUGAAGAUACGGCUGAAAUUUGAUUUCUGGUUCUUGAGUUAUUGCGAAAAAAAUAUGUUCAUUUUUCAACUUCAACACUCUGUAUUUCAAGAACUGAGCACCUGAAGUCUUUUUGUCCCUGCCUUAAUCAUGAAAUCACGAAGGCUGUCUGUCACCUGUGAGGCUUUGUCGGUCAAAUUUCGUAACACCUUGCAUAUUUUAGUUCUAGUUAUGUCGAAGUUUAGUUCCAAAUAUACUUGUGCAAUAUUUUAAUAGGUUCGUAAGUUUAGAAUGAUGUUUCGUGCAAUAUUAUACGUUUUUCAUGAUAGAUAAAAAUAUAUAUUUACAUUCGCUUC